AGGUACCUCCUCAUCGCCAGGUACUGUACUUGUCUCUCUGGGCGUCUGCCGCCUGUCCACUGGGGUACCUACUUGCGCUCCCCCCCCCCCUGCGCGCUGCAAUCUCCCACUGGGUGGCCGCUCCUUUAUUACUUACCAGGCGCCUCCCUUCUCCCAUUUAUUUCCUUCUCUUCCCCUUCAACCCAAGCCUCGCGCCAACAGUCACUCCUUUUUCAACCACCACGCUCCUUGCGAAUCGAUUUCCCUGCAGAAAGCGCUUGACGCCUUCUAGCUAUACGCUCCUUUAAACCAACCUAUCGACUUAUUUUCUCGCUUGCGUGUUCUGGGAAUACCACGGAAAAUACAGCCUCCUCCAGUCAACACAACAGUACAACAGACACUAGCAUCUCGUAACCGAUUGACCUUUUGGACUUCCAACCAACCGACAUCAUGAAGUUCUCUACCAUUGUUCUCGCCGCUGCUGUCGGCGUUUCUGCUCACCCCAGCGCCCACGGCCACCGUCAGGCUCACCGUUCCGUCGAGGCCCGCGCCGAGAAGUUUGUCAUGAACAAGAAGCCUGCUCCUCCUCCCGCUCCCACCCCCAAGGAGGAGCCCAAGCCUGUUGCCACUCCUUCUCCCGCUCCCGCUCCCGCUCCCGCUAAGCCUUCUCCCGUCGCCCAGGCUGCUGCUGCCGUCGGCAACGCUGUCGGUACUGGUCUGUCCAGCUACGCCCCCUUCUGCGGCGGCCAGAAGCGUGCUACCGUUGCCCAGAUUGGCUACAAGGGCAACACCGGCAUCAACAACAACGCCUGCAACGUGAUGGCCAUCAAGAGCAACAUUGCCGACAAGUACAAGUACGUCCUUGAGUUCAACAACAAAGGCGCCGACUCCACCUGCGCUUGCUGGAACAAGAUUGGUCACAAUGGCGGCAUCAACGGCUUCUUCAAGGGCAACGAGGCUCUGACCUUCUCUAUCGCCUCUGGUUCCACCCAGUUUAUCGCUGUCGACGCCAACUCCCAGGGUGCUUGCGGCUGCAGCAUUGGUGGCUCCGUCGGCCUGACCAGCUUUGGCCAGUUCGCCGGUACCUGGGCCGAGUUCGACUUCGAGAACCAGUCCAACAAUGGCUGGUCCGGUGCCGAUAUCUCCUGCCUCGUUGCCGCCAAGUACGGACUCGCCAUUCCCGCCAUGAAGGUUUGUGCCACCAGCGGCGGCCCCUGCUCCACCAUCUUUGCCGGUGGUGCUGGCGACAACGCCUACACUGGCGGUACCGAGGAUCUCGACGGUGUUGGUCUCAACCUCGCCCCUGGUCCCGUCCACCUCAAGGUCACCCUCAACUAAGGAACCCCUCGUUGGCCUUUCUUUUUUUUAGAUUUGAGUAGAGAUUGGUGCAUACCCAGAAGUAUAUUUUGUGGCAACCUUUAUAACAUCUUUUUUACCAUUGACGAGAGGAUAAGGAGAAACAACUUUUCUUGACGCCCGUUGGGAAAAAAAAGUUGAAAGGUCUUUUUUUUGCGGGUGUUCAAGGGCUGCAAUUCACGUAUCAGCAAUUUGGGUCUUUUUUUUUUCUUCUUCUUUUAACAAAUUGGAUUCUCUUUUUUAUGAACUC